ACGUCCGCUCUGCCAGAAGGGAAUGAAAGACUGUAAGAACAUCACCAUGUAUCGAGCCAAUCCCAAAAAGUGGCUUUUCAUCAUCCUCAACAUCACGCCAGAGGCCAUGAGCAUGAAAUACCAGUGUCAGUUCACGGUGAAAAUAGAUGAUCUAGAUUACACCAAGACAGGAGCACCGACCAGACUACUGCCAGGUCAAAAGGAAGAGCCCUGCGUAAAUCACACUCUACCUGCUCCUCCUCCUCCUCCUCCUCCUCCUCCUCCUCCUCCUCAGUCUGAUAAGCUGAGGUGGAUUCUGAGUGGUCUGCUGGCUCUGACGUGCCUGUACAGCUGCAUCAUCACCUCCUUCUACCUUAGAGAGCAGAGCAGCGACAAGGAUCCUAACAGCUCCGUCUAUAUGGAAAUGAGGAAAGCUCCUGUGCAAAAGAAUACGACUUUAGACAUUUACUGCGGGUAGCAGACUCAUCCUCCUUCACCACAGGCCUCAUGCUGAAUGUAAAGACAGAAAACACUGUGCUUUUCAUGCAGCUGGUAUUAUAGUCUCACUUUUGCACAUCUUUUCAUUCUAAAAUGAGUCGAAAACUGCUGUACUACUGAAGAUAAACAGCAGGGAGAGACAAAGACUGUCUGAAGCGACCAUGCUGGCUGUUACUGUUCAUCCGCCUCUGCUCUUUAAGUUGUAUUCAGUGCGGCACCUUGAUAUUAUACAGAUAUGUAUGAUGAUUUUUUUCUAUCAGUGCAUCCAACAGCCAAGUUAAAAUAAGCUAUAUGAUGCUUCCAGUGAGUGAUUUCAUGCAUAUCCUAACAAAUUAAUCUUUGCAACCGUUUCAUAUAGUAGCUCUUGGGAGCUGCAGUGGCCCUGCAGGUCACGGUCAUCAAACGUCUGACACCCCCAUCUGUUUUGUGUAGACAAGCAAACGUCACUUUGUAGCGUGACUGCUGCCAAGGCAGACAAUGCAUUAAAACUUGAGGAAAAGACAACCAGUAAUCAAAGAAUAAAACCAAGGGCCCAUGUUGGGACUGGGACUACACAUGGCAAUGUAGGCACUCUGCCAACAAACACACUAUUGUUACCACCUAUCGCCACAGGUGCCUCUUUGAUAUUACAACUUUAAAUCAUGUUCAGUUUGAUUUUUAUGAUUAUUUUGUUGGCACAACUUACUUUUUUACUUCACUGUACUGAAAAGUUUCAUGAAAAGGUAACAUAAUGUCUACUUUAUCUACUUAAUCACCUGUUUAUGUCAGGGAUGCGGGGGAUCCUCCCAUGGGACUUAAAAAAAAAAUUAUAAACAAGCUCUUUUUUGAUGCUGUUUUAUGCACUCUGAUGCCUUAUGUAGCUUCUGCUGAAAGUUCAAUUCGCAGUGAGAAUCACUUUAUGUCAUCCUAUCGGCAGAUUCGGCCUGAAGGCCUUAAAUUUAGUAUCACCGGUCUAGAGACAGGAUGAGCUAAAAGCAGUACCUGACAUUUCAUAUACAAUGAACCGAAGAAUAAAAUCAACACCAAGGCAGACAACAUGGAGCUGUCUGAACAUUAACCUGCACAGCGGCUGCAGCCACACACACACACACACACACACACUGCACAGAUUACAGUGUAGAGCACACAUGCAUCAUUGCCCGGCAGCUCAGUGGCUGCUGACAUGAUCAGCUGGAGUUGUUUUACUCACCUGUAUGAAAGUCACUCUGUGAGCCGCGUGCACCGCCGAGUCCUCUUCAGCUUCUCCACCGCUUUAUUAUCAGAGCAUGGCGUUAGUGUAACCUGUCCACUCCGUCUCUGUCCCACUAUAACCAGUCCACUGGGCCUCUCUGUCCCACAGCGCUCCUCAAAGUUUUCCAUCGUGUUGACCUGAGUGCAGACACAUCAGGGGACAUUGUCAAAAACUGCAGAAUGUCCUCACACUCCUCACAGAAAGCAAAAGUUCCUCCCUGAAAACAAAAGUAACCGCCGGUAAAUCCAGGUGAGCACCUUAGCAUGUU